AGAUUUCUCAGGCAUGGCGGGCUGCAGGUCCUGAGCCCUCCCGCGCGGGGAGGCAGCUGAGACCCGGCGAGAAAUCAGAAAUCGAGCGCAGCGCCGGUGGGCCAGCACUGCUGCAGGACCUGGCGCACCCUCCACAGCUGCUGGCCCGGGUGCUAAGCCCCUCAUUGCCCGGGCCAACAAGGCUAGCCGGCCGCUCCGAGUGAGGAGCCGGCCAAGGCCACGCCCACCCGGAACUCUAGCUGGCCCGCAAGCGCCGCGCGCAGGCCCGGUUCCCGCAGGUGCCUCUCCCACCACACCACCCCGCAAGCCUAGGGAGCCGGCUCCGGCCUCCGCCAGUUCAGAGAAGGGCUCCCACAGUGCAGCGGCGGGCUGAAGGGCUCCUCAAGCACGGCCAGAAUGGGCGCCUCGACGAGGCCGGGGAGGCACUGAGAGCGAGCGAGGGCUGCGAGGGCUGCCAGGUCCGCCAGCACGCUGUCACCUCUCAGUUUGAGAACCAUGAACUGAAGUUGUUGCAGGAAGUCAGGGAUCCCGAAUGGAGAGACCAGCUGAAGCCGCGGCAGAAGAACAUAAAUUGUGAAGAUUUCAUGGACAUUUAUCAGUUUCCAAAAUUAAUACUUUUAUAAUUUCUUACUCCUGUCUUUACUGCAAUCUUGGAACAUAAAUUCUUUCUGGAACAAUGUCAAAAGUCAUUCAUUUGGGGGGAACUCAAUCUCUACAAGCAAACUACAAAGCCUUUGCGUGAAGACAGAGGAUAUCUGGAGUUUGAUUGUAUUUCUCACACUGUCUAGUGCUAAUUACAAAGACAGAGUUUCACAAUAUUGCCCAGGCUGGUCUCGAACUCCUGAGCUCAAGAGAUUCUCCUGCCUGGCAAUAACCUCUUUUAUACUUAAAGCAAAGCUGAAAGCAAGGGAUCCUAGCCCAAGAUGGCUAGCGGGAAGGAAGCAGCAGCUGCGCAUUUGGGGCGGGGCCCAAUUCCUUCCCUGGCCGCCAGGGGGAGUCUACCCACAGCUGCCUCUCUGCUCACCUCAAGUGCGCCAGGUCGCGCAGGCGCGGAGGCGGCAGACGUCGCUGCGUCUCUAGUUGGGACGUCGUGAAAGAGAGUUGUCACAUCCUCCUCAGGACUCUAUGGUUCUCCGGAGGGCCGAGGGGCAACGUAUAUAAAUGCGCGCAGGCGCAAUUCACUUAGUGCACUUUGACUUCGAUGCACCGCCGACGUUCAUGUGUUGCCAUGGGCCGCCGUCCAGCUUGUUGUUACCGGUAUUGUAAGAACAAGCCGUACCCAAAAUCUCGUUUCUGCCGAGGGGUUCCUGAUGCCAAGAUCCGCAUCUUUGACCUGGGUCGAAAGAAGGCAAAAGUGGAUGAGUUCCCACUCUGUGGCCACAUGGUGUCUGAUGAAUAUGAGCAGCUGUCUUCUGAAGCCCUGGAGGCCGCCCGUAUUUGUGCCAACAAAUACAUGGUGAAAAGUUGUGGCAGAGAUGGCUUUCACAUGCGAGUGCGGCUCCAUCCCUUCCAUGUCAUCCGCAUCAACAAGAUGUUGUCCUGUGCUGGGGCUGACAGGCUCCAGACAGGUAUGCGAGGUGCCUUUGGAAAACCCCAGGGUACUGUGGCCCGGGUCCACGUUGGUCAAGUCAUCAUGUCCAUCCGCACCAAGCUUCAGAACAAGGAGCAUGUGAUUGAAGCCUUGCGCAGGGCCAAGUUCAAGUUCCCUGGAUGCCAGAAGAUUCAUAUCUCCAAGAAGUGGGGCUUCACGAAGUUUAAUGCUGACGAAUUUGAAGAUAUGGUGGCCAAGAAGCGCCUCAUUCCUGACGGUUGUGGAGUCAAGUACGUUCCCAGUCACGGCCCCUUGGACAAGUGGCGGGUUCUGCACUCAUGAAGCCUUUGGCAGUACUGUCUCCUUGGGCCAUGCUGGUCUGACUUAUGCUUACUAAUAAAUUCUGUUUACUGGCAAAAAAAUAACUACUUAUUAAGUUUUAAUAUUUUUUAAAUAUCCAGUGUUUUAGAAUAUAGACUACUAGAGAAUUGUUUUUCUAUUUAUGCAGUUUUAAUGGCAAAUGUUACCUUCCUUGCUUCAGUAAAACUAUACAAUUUAUAGAGAAAGCUGUUUUAAUCAAACACUUUAAAUUUAGGAGAGUAUAGAGCAAUAUGUUGAAAGUUUUGUUUGUAGUAAAGUCAUAAGUUAUGCAGCUAUCAUUCCUUGAAUAAAAAAUAGAUUUGAGUGAAAAAAUUUAUUGUUUAUAGAAUAUAAACUAAACAGUAGCAAUGAAAAUAAUAGUAGGCAUUAGUGAUAUUUCAACCACAGCCUCUUUGGAAGUAAUUUAUUUCUAAACUUGGUUGCCUUAUGUUUUUCUAUAAAUUUCUGUACAUUGUUUUUAGAAUUACCUUACAUAUCUGAUUAUCAGCCUUAGGACAAUUGAGUAUCACUCAAAAAGGCUUUUCCAGACGAACUUUACUUUGUCUCACAGUCAAGAGAUAACAGUCUAAUCUUUUUUUCGUCAUAGAAAGGUUAUAGGUGACAACAGAGUUCAUAUUACUUGUAUCUGGGCUCCAGUAUAACCAAAAGAAGAGAGAAAAUGACACUAAAUCGGUUGUCUGUACUCUAAAAGGACCCUAGAGAGAGUCUGCAAUUGUUGGUGCUUGCCCUGAAUUAGAGUUACAUUGAUCAUACAGGUGCUUUUUGUUUUAUUUUUGAAACUGCAUAAGCUAAAAUUCCUGAGUUGGUACUGCAUUAAAAAAAUUCCUGUUCUUUACAAUUGACUUGGCCUUUUGAAUCUCAAUCGUGCUAACAGUGCCUUCAGUGUUUUUAUACUAACAGUUCUUUUUUAAAGUCAACACAUUUAAUGAAAACAACAAAAGAAAUACUAAAUAGUAUAGAAACACUACUAUUUAAUUUUUAUUGAUUUAAAAAAUUGCUAUGCCAGAAUUAACAUGUUGUAUCUGGCUGGGUAUUUCUUUCAGGCCCUUGCUAUAAGAUAUUUCCUAUUUGUAUAUAUUUAAACUAUGUUGCUAUUUUAAGACGUUUUUCAUGUUUGUGUUUUACCACACUUUCAAAAACGAAAAUUCAACCUCAAAAAUAAUAAUAAUAAUAAUAAUCAAAAGGGAAAGGCAAUACAAAAACACAAUAAAAUAAGCAACCCUUUAGCUUCUAGUACAACCAUGGCCCAACUUUGAAAAUAUUUUCCAUCUUCGUUAUUUCCCUUUCUCUUUGGUGUUAAACCUCUCAAAACAUCUUGACCUUCAAACUUGGAACUCUGCACUCACUAAAUAUACAGGGAACGAGGUAAGUAUAAGCUCAUAAACUUCCUUGCCCUAAAAGAUUGGUAACAGUAAUUGUUCAUGCAUAUAGAUAUGGGAGUGAAGAGGAAAGAUUAAAAAUUAAUACAUUAAAAACUGGUAGGUAGCUGUCAAUAAAUUUUUUAUUUGAAUUUUCCCACAGUUUCACACUAUAAAGAUUAUAUAUAAAUUCUUUUUUAAAAUGUCAACAUGCAAGCACCUUUACUUGUUUUUGUUAAAAAUCCUUCCUACUAAUUUAUUUUACCCAAGUCAUAAUUUUGUUUUUUCAGCAUUUUCUUAUUUUAGGGUCAUUCUAAUUAUUUAAAAAAAUGGUAAGACAACUGGGCUGAAGGAUAAUUUAAUUAUGAUUUUGCAGGGUUCGUUAUUUUAAAAUUUCUGCUCAAAAUGGAAAAUUGCAUUUGGGAACAUAUUUCUGUUCAUCUACUGCUGCAAUAAAAUGAACUGUUUGCUCAUUUG